GAAUUCGUGGUCAGUUUCAAAAAUUCAUAAACGGCUGGACUUUGCAUCCUUCAAACACAAUGAAAAGGAUAUUGAGGAAAUGUUAAUCAGACUUGCUCAGGAGGGGAAAAAGUUUGUGACCUGACCUCAUUGUUACGCUUUUCUUCCCAGGUAGUUCAUUUGUCUAUAUGGCCCUGGAGAGAAAAGGGUACCACCAGGUGAUGGAACCAACCGGUUAAUUCGGUUCCAAACAACACACAGCAAACAGGAGUUUUCUUAGGAAAGGCCCCAAACUCAGGUGCAGAUGGCAUCCGAGGAGAGAGAUGUUUGGGAAGCUGCAGGCAAUCCAAAGAUGGUUAAAGGUCCAUGGGGAAUUCAGAAUAAAAAGGAAAUAGAGAUAAAUCCGCCAUGGAACUUUUCUAUGGAAGAAGAUCUGGCUCUACAUUUGGGGUCUCUCGGUGGGAAAAAAACCCUGGAUUCAGCCGAGCAAAAGCACUCGCCGAAGAAAUAUUCCAAUUUUCCUCUGGAAUUUCAGCCAGAGGAGGAAGCAGAGAAUAUUGAAAUACAUGCCAGUUGCUUAGCGGGUGCAUCCCAAAUCGGCAUCAAAGAGGAGGAUUUAGAGCACCCCGAAUAUGAGUGGUCCCUGUGCCAAAACUCUGUCCCGUUCCUGUCUCAAAGGAUAAAAAAGGAAGCCAACGCCAACCCUCCCCUCGAUUCAGAGUUUGGGGAAAACAUUGACCCGCCCUCAAUAUUCCUCAAAAGGCGCCCCCCCACCUCCAUGUUCACCAAACAGGACGGGGGCUUUGCCAAGUCCCAGAAAAAUCUCCCCGUCCUCCUGGAAGAGCCGAAAGCAGAGAAAACGUUCCCCUGUCCCGUUUGCAGCAAAGAAUUCAAUCAGAAGUCUAACCUCACUCGGCACCAUAAAAUUCACACGACCGAAGGGUCGUACAAGUGUGCCAAGUGCGGGGAAAGCUUUCGCAUGAACCGGCAGCUCCUUCGACACCAGCGGAUGCACCUGAGCGACCCGUUCAAAUGCACCGAGUGUGGGAAGAGCUUCAGCCGGAGGUCCAAUCUCAUCCGGCACCAAAAAAUCCACACGCGGGAAGCGCCGUAUCAGUGUCCCGAGUGUGAGAAAACCUUCAACCAGAAGACCAAUCUUUUCAGACACCGGAUGAUCCACAUCCAGAUGGGGCCUUGCAACUGUACCAAGUGUGGGAAACUUUUCACGCAAAGAAAGUACCUGGUGAAGCACCAAAAGCUGCACCUAAGCGAGGGAGACCAAAAAUGCUUCAUUUGCGGGAAGCAAUUUCGGCUGAAGAAAUAUCUCCGGCGACAUCAGAAAAUCCACAGCCGUGAGAUGCCGAAUGUGCACGAAACUCAGAUGGAGUGACCAGGCUUGGCAAGAAGAACUGGAAUUACAGGCGGAUGGAAAACUCA